CAAUCACUCAUUAUUGCCAAUACUUAUCCCAUUAUCGCAGCUCUCACCUUUUAUCGUCAACAUGUCCGACAAGCCCACCACAAACCUCACCGAUACCGUGCCCAAGGCCAUGGAUGAGCAAGGCAGCAUUGGCAAGCAAUUCACAGAGAAGGGAGCUAUCGGAGGAACGGCUCAAAAGAUUGGUGGUCCCUUUGACAAGGAGGGCAUGAUUGGGAAGCAAUUCACUACAGAGGGAAGCAUUGGUGGGACAGUUCAGAACAAUAUGGGAGGAGAGAAGAAAGCGUGAAUAACAAACUAGCCAACAAAAGUUAGUGGUCAUAAAUCACUACGAUCGAUUGAGUAGGCUUUUCAUACAUUGUCAUCAUGACAUUGUAGCACCGUCGCCACGACCUCUGACUAUAAAAAGGCAGCAUCCCGCCAAUUGAUACAAUUUAAUUAAAUAUUGAACCUUGC